UUACUAUUUAAAAUACAUACAAAACACUCUGACUUGUUGAGUUUAUUGAUUAGUUACUAGAUUUAUGUGACAAACUACAUGGAAAUAAAAAGUGCAAGAGUAAUAAUGUUAACUCACACUAAACAUUUUCCCAACUAUUUCAAGUGUCCAAUAUGUGAGCAAUACUGUUCAACUCUAUCCGCAAUGAAGGUUCAUAUAUUAUAUCACACAGGAGAGCGGCCCUUUCAAUGUUUAAUAUGUGAACAAACGUUUUUGAAAAAAUAUCAAGUAAAGGAACAUUUAUUGGUUCACACAGGAGAGAGACCUUACAAAUGCUCAUCAUGUGAUAUAACCUCUGCAACCAAAGGUAAUAUAAAGGAACAUUCAUUGAUUCAUACAGGAGAGAGACCUUACAAGUGCUCUACAUGUGGAAAAUCCUUUGUACAAAUAAGCAGUAUGAAGACACAUUCAUUGAUUCAUACAGGAGAGAGACCUUACAAGUGCUCUACAUGUGGAAAAUCCUUUGCACAAAUAAGCAGUAUGAAGACACAUUCAUUGAUUCAUACAGGAGAGAGACCUUAUAAAGGCAGUAUGAAGACACAUACAUUGGUUCAUACAGGAGAGAGACCUUACAAGUGCUCUACAUGUGGAAAAUCCUUUGCAGAUAAAGGCAGUAUGAAGACACAUACAUUGGUUCAUACAGGA